AUGUCUCUGUUUGUCGAGGCCAGCUUCUCCGGCGCCACGACCGACUUCUCGUCGACCUCGGCGUCUUCGAGCUCGACACCGCCGACCACCCUCUCCGACAGCGACAGCCAGCACUCUGAGCACUCGGACGCCCCCAAGCACGACGUCAUCACCGUGGCCGACGAUGCCGUCCACGCCGCGCCCGUCCACGCCCAGGAGCCCUCUCCUUCGCAGUCGCCGGCCGCCCCUCGCCGAGCACGACGGGCACGCGUCUCGGAGCCUGUCUACAACCUGUCCAAGUUGAGCGGCACCGCUGACCACGGGAAAAGACGCGCCAAGGGCCAUGACGUGGCCGACAAGCGCCGCCGCACCAUCUCCGGCGAGACCUUGGUCGGCAGCAUCGAGGUUGCCGCCGACGCACCCCCCAGCACCCAACAGGACAAAGCCCUCAAGGCAGGCAUUGACGCGUUGAAUCUUCAAUGGUCGCCCGAGAGCUUGCAUACACCACGCAAACGCCGUCAGGCCCAAGACUCGCCGCGUCCCCUGCGGACCUCGUCGCGUCGGAGUGGAGUUUCCUCUGUUGCUGCCACUCUGGCAAGCUUGGGCAACAAGGGCCGCAACGCUGUCAACAUGGGCCUCACCAAGAUGUCGCGCGAGCUGCGCCGUCUGCAAGACACCAAUGAAUACUCGGGAAUCGACGACCGCCCCGUCAUCCAUACCGUCUGGGCCAAUGGCAAGUUUGUCGAUCCCAAUGCACCCCCGCCGGAGCCAGCCCGCAAAAAGGCCAAGGUCCAGCGAGUCGCCCUGGACGAGGACGGGGGCGAGGACGACGGUGAGGACGACGAACCCGACCAAGACGAGCAGGAACCCAUCACCAACACCAGGAGGAACCGUGUCAAGAAAUACCUCGACAAGGGACUCUACGCCGGCCAAGAAAUGCCCGUGGAUGUCUCCAAGGGCCUUACUGCCAGUGAAAAGAAGAAGCUCGCCAGCCUUCCGGAAUUGGCUCCCACGGGCCGCGUCAACAGUGUCAUGCCCCCUCCCAUCUACACGGGCUUGCGCUUGCUGAUUGCCGGGCGGGAUUUCAAGCUCCCCUUCAACACCUGCAACCCCCUCCCGCCUGGCCAGCCGAAGCCAGAUGAAUGGAAAAAGAUGACCAAGAGUGAGUGUGCACCUCGUAGACCGUCUCCCCCGGGCUAG